UAGUUAGCAAAUUUUUUUAGAUGAAAUGGUUGAUAGUACAAACAUUAUUCAACAAAAUGAGCAUAAUCUCUUCCAAUAUUACAUAGGAAAACCUUAAAAUCAAAUUAUUUUGGUGCACCCAAAGAUAAACCUUAAAAACCCAACACCAAAGAAACACCUCACUGCAUAAAUUGCAGGAAAAACCUCAAGCAACAAUGACAAGAUCCAAACUCGGAUCAAGCACCAAACGACCAAUGAGAAGACCGAAGAGAAAGAGCAUCCGUGGGGACCAAGAUAUAGCGAAGAAAAGUCACAUAACCCAAUGAAAACAGAGCCAUCUCGCUAUUGGAGGGGACGCAAAUCAGGACAGGACAUCAACCGGAAAGCAAAAGUAAGAUAACAACAAGCAACCCCAACACCACCACCGCACCACCUCUGUAGUAGGAUAAGACAAGAAGAACGCUAAGGCCAGAAGGGAACCGGCCUGAUCACAAUUGAUUUAACCCAUAGAGGGAGUUAUCAACCCAAAACUUCGCUCCAAGAUACACAAUUUCCGUGACCUGCCCAAGAACCUAAAAACACAUAUCCAUACAGAGAUGGACAAACCAAGGAGCGAAAACCCCAACCUACCACCAUUGUCAGCUUCAAACCACAUGUUCUGCCACCACGAAGACAUAACAACCCAAUCAUCAUAAGCGUCGUGAUCAAGAAAACAUGAAACCCUACAAAACCCCAAAACCACCAGAUCCACGACACUCAUGAAGCGGAAGCGAGUAAACAACAACGGAAGCCACUAGGAGAGGCCCUUGACGACGCAUCUGAAGGUGAGGAAACCCACGAAGCAGCAAGAUCGUCGACAAGGGACGCGUCGAACAGAGCAAAGAUCGGCAACAAAGAGAAGAAUAGGAAACCAGGGUCUUCACCGGCCAGGUCAUCGCCCCUGGCAUCAGAAACAGGGGGACAGAACAAUUGCGACGCUGACACGCCUUCACUAGACACACCACCUCCAAGAUUGACGAAGGCAUGACAAAGCCACUACAACCCAUGGAAGGACCCGAAUCUCAAGAGGUCCGCUGCCGUAGAGACGAGCACAGCCAGAUCCAGAGAUCUGCCUUCUUGAACGGAAGAAGGAACAACAAGGGACGCCACCGCCGCUUUAUUGGAAAAUAGGGAACCAAUUUGAGAGGAUAACCACCGCCGAACUUUGGAAGGAAGAGAUGGGUGGUGUGGUGACAGUGGUGGGGGGAGAGGUAGACAAAGGUCAGGUAGAGAGAAAAGUUAAUUUUUCAACUCACUAAGACCUAAUUGACAUUAAGUUGACAACAUCAAGGGCUGAAUUGAUAUAUAAGUGGUAGAUAACGUGUCAUGUCAGUCACUUCGUUAACGUUUGUUAAUUUUUUAAUAUCAGGACUGACUUGACUGACGUUUUCCACUUUCAAAGACUACAAGACUCGGGGUUCUGUAGUUCACUCCGCCGUCACUCACUCCUUUCGUCCGCCGCUGAUAGCCAUCGCCGGAAUGGUGGGUUUAUCUCUUGGUGAGCGACAUUUCAUCCAAGGUGGCAUUGCUCAGGAUCUUCGCUGUGAUGGUAGAAAGAGAUUGACUUACCGGCCAAUCUAUGUUGAAACUGGAGUGAUUCCUCAGGCACAUGGUUCAGCUAGAAUCAGAAUGGGUGCUACAGAGGUCAUUGCCAGUGUGAAGGCUGAACUUGGGAAGCCAAGCUUAUUACAACCUGACAAAGGGAAAGUCUCUAUAUAUAUUGAUUGUAGUUCGACUGCAGAGCCAGCUUUUGAGGGUAGAGGGGGUGAUGACUUGUCAGCAGAACUGUCUGUAGCUCUUCAACGCAGUCUCUUGGGCGCUAAAAGUGGAGCAGGUGCUGGUAUUGAUCUCUCCUCGCUCAUUGUUGUUGAAGGGAAAAUUUGUUGGGAUCUUUAUAUUGAUGGACUUGUUGUUAGCUCAGAUGGAAAUUUGUUAGACGCACUAGGGGCUGCCAUUAAGGCUGCUUUGAGCAAUACAGGUAUUCCAAGAGUCCAAGUUGCUGCUGGUGCGUCAGGUGAUGAGAAACCAGAAGUUGAAAUAAGUGAUGAUGAGUUUUUGCAGUUUGACACAUCUGGAGUCCCUGUUAUAGUUACACUGACUAAGGUUGGGAGGCACUCUAUCGUGGAUGCCACAUCAGAAGAGGAAUCACAAAUGAGCUCUGCUGUUUCCAUAUCUGUUAAUAGGCAAGGUCACAUCUGUGGUAUCACCAAACGAGGAAGUGUUGGGCUGGAUCCAAGUAUCGUUCUUGAUAUGAUAUCUGUGGCUAAGCAUGUGAGCGAGCAGUUAAUAAACAAACUGGAUUCAGAAAUAGCUUCUGCUGAAGCUGAAGAUGACUCAUGACAUAGAACUUAGUCAUAACUAUGAUAUGUUGUACACUUCAAUUAUUGAGUGGUUUACUUCGACUAGUAAUACCUACAUUUUCAUACUGAUGCAGAUCUCUUAUUGAAAAAGAAAAUACACUCAAUGUUUACAGAAUACAGAACACUAAAAACACCUCACAAGUCUCCACAUAAUUACACCAAGAAGCUAAGAUCUUUUCUC